GCGUGUUAGAUAAUCCUUUCUCUAUUUACACUUUCCCCCUAAAGUUUUCAUUUUUCCAGUUCACCACUCUGCUUUCCUCUUCUCUCUUUGAAUUCCCUUUUUCCAUUUUGUAGUUCAAGAUAUGGGCUCUGGAGAAAAGGUUUUUGUUUAUGAAGAUUUGGUCAAGCACAAAGACAGAGCUGAUUGUUGGCUUUUGAUCUCUGGAAAGGUGUAUGAUGUAACCCAAUUCUUGGAGGAGCAUCCUGGUGGGGAUGAAGUCUUGCUUGCUGCUAGUGGCAAAGAUGCUACCGAUGAUUUCGAAGACGUAGGUCACAGUGAUGAUGCAAGAGAGUUGAUGAAAAAGUAUCUCAUCGGUGAGGUCGACAGCACCACUGUUCCCCUACGUAAAACGCUCAAACCGCAGACAUCGACAACAGUAGCUCACGAACACAACAAUGAGUCUGGCUUUCUGUCUAAGAAACUGCAGUUCCUGGUACCCCUCCUGAUCUUAGGCUUUGCAUUCGGCUUGCAAUUCUUCUGGAAGAAGGAGAAAACUGAAACUUAGAUUACUUUCCCGAAAAGAAACUCCCUCAGGAAAGCUGUAUUUGCUGUAAUAAUGGCUUAGCAUUGUCAUUUCGAAUCUGUUUCUGUUGUUUGAGACACUUUCUGUUAUAAGUUUUAGUCUUCUUGCAUAACAUAAGCAGUAGAUGUCUGCGUUAUAGC